UACUAGUGAGGUAAGAAUAUUGCUGGCGAGACGCAAGUAAAGACAAAGAUAGAACACAUACCAAUCACAAUCUAUCAUGACGAAGAUCGUUUUUUCCCUCCGCGUUCUCCUCUGCACGGUGUCGCUGCAGUGCAGCCGUGUCUUGCAGCUGUUGAGCUGCCAUGAUUGCCUGUUGUCCACGUCCACUGUCUUGGCGCAGGGGCAAGCAGCGCACUUACACGACAAUUAUGCUGGGCCGAACAAAUUAGAAUCAUCUCCCCCUGCUCGUGUCGCCAAGAGGAAGCGAAAGAAAUCAAUCCGGGCCCUCGUCAUCUCCGAUAUUCACGACAAUAUCGAGCAAGUGGAGCGGUUGGUCGCUGCCGAAUGCAGCAAGACGGGCAAAAAAGCUGCGGCAGAUGUUGAACUUGGUUUUGAAAGAAAAACAAGCAACUUCUACGAUUACGUGUUUAUCCUGGGUGACUUUUGCCGCGUCAACCACCUCCCACCGGAUGAAAGUUCGGACGCUGAAUUUCAAAAAUGCGACGCGUUUACGGAGAAAGUGCUGAGUCAAUUCGCAACUCAGUGUACUACUAUAGGCAGAAAUUUUGAAGAACAAGAAGUAGGCAUGAGCGCAAAUAACAGCAGUAGCAUCGUGAUUGGUGUUUUUGGUCUAGAUGAGAGCAAAACUGCGAAACCCACCACGACCGAGCGCAACCCUCCACAACCCUCCGCAACCCACCGCAACCCUCCGCAACCCACCGCAACCCUCCGCAACCCUCCGCAACCCUCCGCAACCCUCCGCAACCCUCCGCAACCCUCCGCAACCCUCCGCAACCCUCCGCAACCAUCCGCAACCCUCCGCAACCCUCCGCCACCCUCCGCAACCCUCCGUAACCCUCCGCAACCCUCCGCAACCCUCCGCAACCCUUCGCAACCCUCCGCAACCCACCGCAACCCUCCGCAACCCUCCGCAACCCACCGCAACCCUCCGCAACCCUCCGCAACCCUCCGCAACCCUCCGCAACCCCCCGCAACCCUCCUCCCCCCGCUCCGCUGGUGUUUCCUUACUCCCCCCGCUUCUUAUGUGUGAUCUAUGUAUGUAGUAGCUUUGUUUUCUUUCUUUGGAAGAAUGAAAAAAAGUAUAAAGAAGAAGCCUCCCGCAACCCGCCCCCCCCGCUCCGCUGGUGUUUCCUUACUCCACCCGCCUCUUAUAUGUGAUCUGCUAUGUAUAUGGAGCUCUGUUUUCUUGUUUUGAAAGAAUGACAAAAAGUAUAAAGCAUGAGCCCGCUGCAACCCUCCUCCCACCGCUCCGCUGGUGUUUCCUUACCCCCCCCCGCUUGUUACAUGUGAUCUGUUCUGCUAUGUAGAAGGUUGGCUUUGCUUUCUUUUUUUGAAAGACAAAGAAGAAGAAAAAGUGUAAAGCGCAAAUUAUAUUACGAGGCUGCAGCGAUCGGCUGCGUUGGUUAUGGUUUCUGGAUCUACCCAGAUCGCUGCAGCCCCAUAGUAUCCUUGCUAUGUUGUAGACUUUUUUUCAUUCAGCAGCGUUGCUAUAUGCCUAGCGCGCCACAUAUAAGUAACAAGCGGAGGGGAGUAAGGAAACAUCAGAGGAGCGGGGGGAGGAGGGUUGCGGCGGGUUGCGUUGGUUUCUGGAUCUACCCAGAUCGCUGCAGCCUCAACAUUGGACGCCUAUGCUUUGCGCUUUUUUCAUUCUUAAAAAAAAAAAGGAAGCAGCGCGACUAUAUACAUAGCGCAUCACAGAGAACAAGGGGGAGGAGUAAGGAAACACCAGAAGAGCGGGGGGAGGGGGAUUGUGGUGUGUUGCGGGGGGUUGCGCUGGUUGCUGGGUCUACCCAGAUCGCGGCAGCCUCCUCGCUUCCUUAUGCUUUAUCCUUUUUUUUUAUGUAUUCUCUUAAAAAUAAAAACAAUGCCACUAUAUACAUAGCAGAUCACAUAGAUAUAGCAAGCGGAGAGAGUAAGGAAACACCAGGGGAGCGGGGGGAGGGGGGCUGCGGUGGGUUGUGGUGGCUUGCAAAUUUAUGGCGUGUAUUAUAGUACUACUUUAUCUUUUUUUAUUCAUUCUUUGAAAAAAAAUAAAAAACAAAGCCACUUUAUACCUAGCAGAUCACAUUAUAUUUAUUAUAACAAGCGGGGGGAGCAAGGAAACACCAGGGGAGCGGGGGGAGGAGGGUUGUGGUGGGUUGCGGUGGGUUGCGGAGGGUUGCGGUGGGUUGCGGAGGGUUGCGGAGGGUUGUGGUGGGUUGCGGUGGGUUGCGGUGGGUUGCGGAGGGUUGCGGUGGGUUGCGGUGGGUUGCGGCGGAUUGCAAAUUUAUGGGGUGUAUUGUAGUACUACUUUAUUUUUUUUAUUCUUUUCCAAAAAAAUAAAAAUCAAAGCUAUUACAUACGUAGCAGAUCACAUAUAACAAGCGGGGGGAGUAAGGAAACACCAGGGGAGCGGGGGGAGGAGAGUUGCGGAGGGUUGCGGAGGGUUGUGGAGGGUUGCGGAGGGUUGCGGUGGGUUGCGGUGGGCUGCGGUGGGUUGCGGUGGAUUGCAGAUUUAUGUGGUGUAUUGUAGUACUACUUUAUUUUUUUUAUUCUUUUCCAAAAAAAUAAAAAGCAAAGCUAUUACAUACGUAGCAGAUCACAUAUAACAAGCGGGGGGAGUAAGGAAACACCAGGGGAGCGGGGGGAGGAGAGUUGCGGUGGGUUGCGGAGGGUUGCGGUGGAUUGCAGAUUUAUGGCGUGUAUUAUAGUACUACUGUAUCUUUCUUUAUGUUAUAAUAUAAUACUAAUAUUAUAUAUCUAUAAUAUAAUACAAUACUAAUAUAUAUUAUAAUAAUAGUAAUAGUAGAAGAGUAGUAGUACUACUAUGCGUAUGCAUAUAUGCGGGGGGGGGAAGAGGUUCGCCCGCGCGCGGAGUUCGGUUUUUUUCCUUUUUUUUCAAAAUUGAGGAACCGGCCGGGGAUCCAAUUCGUUGCAGUUCUUGCACAAGUAGGAAAAAAAUGCAAAUCACGACGCUACUGCUGCUAUUUGCUCUCAUACCAAGUAGAAGAUCACCUUGUAGCACGAAAUGCAAUAGGCCCGGAAGAUGAUCUUCGACACGGUGCAACUUCGACUACACCUACGACCAGCGCUUCUUCAAGUAGCUCGAAAAAUAAUGCGCAGGACAAACAUCAUCAUAGAGUUCUCUAUAUUGCAGGAAAUCACGAUCGCAAGGAGAGAACGCCCUCUACCGUUGGAACGCCAGAAGGAACGGCACCAGGAUCGUUCCUCUCCACAUCAAUUAGUAGGAACCUCACCAACGGCCUCCAGCUCCUCGACACUGACCUCGCUGUCGCUGGCCUCGGUGGGUCCUCGUCGGGCGGCUAUCUACGGCAACGGUGGUACGAGCCGGCUUUACGGUCGGAAAAAGAGUACAAGGCCCAGAAAAAUGUCGAAAACGUUUGGCCGUUUGCCGCGCACCCCUGGACCAGCGACGAACAGUUUGGUUCGGCGUUGGAGAAGCUAUUGGCUCGUCAGUUUUGGACGCUGGAACACCAAAAACGACGCGAGGUGGUAAAAAUACAGCAUAAUCAUCAGGCAGAGGCAAAUAAUCGCAUAGCAGGAAACAAGAGUGAGGCUGUGGUCGCUGGCGAUGAACAAGAAACAGCGCUAGGAAUAUUAAAACAAGACGAAGACCAGGAGAACAUGCUGGAAACUUGCCGCAAGAAAAACGAAACAGCGCAAGAGCGUCUUCAGAGAAGUGCUUAUCUGCUGCAAGACUUCCAGAUGCAGCUGAUUCUCCUGACCCACACGGGUCCCCACGUAAGCUCUACCGCGGUCUAUACGCUGAACGAAACGCACGGAAUCCACGGGGGUAGUCCAGAAUUGACGCACGUUCUGAUGCGACACAGCAGUCGUGUGCUGGAUGGUCAUAAUGAUCCCCCACGAGCUGAACUUGAUCCUGAAGUAGACAGCAAUUACACAGGUGGCGCUGGAGCAAAUUUAGCUUCUUGUAAGGCGAAUAAAGGGGUGGUCGUGGAGGACCAUUCCGACAAAGACCUCGCCCCUUUUCAUCCAAAGCGAAUCCCUUUGUUGGCGAACAUUCAUGGGCACAUUCAUCCAGCGAACGGAAUGGACUCGACCUUUCCUAAUCACCUGAAAAUCAUAAAUCCCGGGCCCCUGUACCUCGGGAGCUAUGCCGAGGUGGUGUUUUCCAAACUUGUUAAUGCACAUGACAAGAAAUCUGGAGAUGAUGGAGUUGCAAUAGAAGAUGAUGAAGAAGACAAGAACGCCGACGUCCGUAUAACCGGCCGAACACCUGAGACAAACAAACCGUUUAAGCAAGUAUGGUUUUUAGACGAAGUGGCUUUCAAGAGUGCUGGAAUGUGACAAGAGCUGAAGCAGGCAGCUGCUGGGGCUAUGUGUUGAGCUUUUUAGGACUUGGUAACUAGACUGAGGUACCGCCCAUGCUGUUUGGUCUGAUGGAUGUUUACGCGCGUAAAGCGGUCUCGACGAAUUGGCUGGACAUACUGUGUGGCUCAGCCGCUGGAGGCGGCGAGUCGGUCGAGAACCUUACGCGGCCGCAGGUGACUGAGAUUGGCAUGACCGUAGUCACGCCGGGAGGGAUGCCGCACAGGCCUCCCGCCCCUAUUCUCUUGGUCUUUUUCUGCCCACCCUGACUCUGACCCCAUCUAGGGCCAGACAUGUCGCGGCCUCCAGUGAGGCGUCAGGAGUCUCUCUGUAUGGUCUUAGUCUUGCCACGGCACGUGCGCAUGCAUCCUAAUGACAACGUACCACCGCCCUUCCAAGAGUAUAGUCUAGCUCACAUCAGAGCCAAAGGCUAUGUGUGCUCUAGGGGUGAGGCCCACUGCCCGCCCCGCCACUUCUGAAGGACGCUCACGGUGCGUUUCAGCGUUAGGGUGUGCGCUCGCGCACCACCAAACGGCGACCCAACCCCCCCUCCGGGGGUGGGGGCCGCUGUAGGCAUCCAUCGGCCCGUGAACGGACGAAGACCAUACAGUAUGGGCAUUGGCACCUGCAUAAUAGUUACAGUAAAGCUGGCGUCCUCAUCUGCUCCGUCUAGUACAACUCUAAAUGUAGGCAUGCAGAUCAAAUCACCAUGUAGAUCUGAUGACACGACUGA